AUGUCACCUUGGGGUCUUUCAAGAUCAAGGUCUUUGCGGCCCGUGUGUAAUGUUCACUUCAGAUCCGCGUUCUCCACAUCGUCUCCGUUUCUGCGUGCCUCCGACCCCUUGCGAAUCCUCUUCUGCGGCUCAGACGAGUUCAGCAUUGCGGCGCUGAGGGCGCUGCAUCACGAGCAUCUACGAAACCCGUCUCUGAUCGAAUCGCUUGAUGUCGUCAUAAGGCCUGGGAAGCCCACCGGUCGGGGUCUGAAGACGGUUCGGCAGGUUCCGAUCAAGUCUACAGCUCAAGAACUGGGCUUGCCGAUCCAUGAGAUCAACACAUUUACAGGAUGGACGCCAUCCUUCAACAUGAACCUCAUCGUCGCCGUGUCGUUUGGCCUGCUGGUCCCGCCCAGGUUGCUCAGAAGCGCACAAUAUGGUGGCCUUAAUCUUCACCCAUCUCUCCUCCCAGACCUUCGCGGGCCCGCGCCUCUCCAUCAUACGCUUCUGCUGAACCGCCCCUUCACCGGCAUCACCCUCCAGACCUUGCACGAGUCCAAGUUUGACCACGGCACCAUCCUGUCCCAGACGCCCCUCCCAGGCAUCCCUGUCCCGCCUGGCACGAACUUGCAGGCCCUCCACGACAUCGUCACGCCGCCAGCCGCCGAGAUGCUCGUCCAGGGCCUGCGCAACGGCGUCCACGUGCCGCCGCUGAAGCCCGUCGGCUGGACGCCCCCGCGGCGGGACCUCGCCACGCUGCGCCACGCGCCGAAACUCACAAAGCAGGACAGGCAGGUCCGGUGGCGCGCGUGGGCGGCCGACGACUUUGCGAGGCGGGAGACCGUUCUGGGCCCGCUGUGGAGUGAGCUGCAGACGCGCCGGGGCAGGAAGAGGGUUAUUUUCGAGGGUCUCGAGGCGGUUGCGCCGUCGACCGGGAGAGACGAGGCGAUGAAGGGCCAGGCGGGUGCGUUUGUCGCGUUCGAGACGGGCACGGACGCAGGCGUUCCUGGCGGUCCCAUUUCACCGGAGGCAGUGGAGGUGUCCUACCUCGAGGCUGAUGACGGCAGUGGUUCUGUGCUGAUAUCUGCCCCUGGCGGUGGCGUCGUGAAGGUCGCGAGGAUCAAGAUUGAAGGAGACAAAAGCAAGCCGGCGGCCAACACGUUGGCGAUACACACCAACGUCGGCAAGGCAGAAUAUUGGAAGGGGUCUUCGACUGGCCACGGCGACGUGUCAUCGUGA